UGUUCACCCCCUGAAUGGAAACAAUGGCCUGGAACCAGGAACUCCAUCUGUUUGCUUGGUAGUCAUCUCUCUGGGCUGGGAACUCUGAAGCAAGGGCUGGGUCUAACUUACCCCUGGGGCCAUCCUGCCCACUGCUGUUUUUGGACUGUGGGUACUGCUGCUACCACCUUAGUCACCGGCCCUCUGGUGAGCCGCCUGCUCUUCCUAAUAAUCAAGACUACGAGAAACCGGGGUUAGGGCAGACCAACACAAAGAGAACUUCGGUCCACCUAGAACUGGAAAACAAUUAAACCAAUUCUUAGUCCACCAGCGAGCUGCGUAGAUACCUACAAAAACAACCCUAAAAGCAGACACAGAACAAACAGUAACAACAUGCUUCUCUAGUUUUUGACCAAGUAUAUCCAGUCCCCGUAGGGGACUGUCAAAAAUUGCCAAUGCCGACUAUAUUUCAAGUCGUCACGGCGGGGUAUUGGGAAAAGUUUUCAAUUAGCAAUAAUCGCGCCUCGGAUAAACCUCAUUGGCUACGAUACUGCCACUGCGCAAAGCUGAAGAGACGGGCCGCCCACCCCGCCGUCCCAGGGACGCCAACAGCCUUCACAGUGACGGUGAGUAACUUUCCUCGCGCCCGCGGACGUGGGACGCCGCCGCUCCAGCAGCUCUGCUUCAGUCCCGUGUGCCUAAGCCGUUUCUCGUUGUUGGACCCCCAGCCACGUCGCGGAGUCGGUCUGAAAGGGGAGACAAACAUCCAACGCUACCUCAGGAGUGAGCCGGGCCUCAGGAACCAAGGUUCAGACUCUUACCAGGAAGGGUCGACAGGGGGCGCUCCUGGACGAGCGAGUCCCUCAGUGGCGAGGCCCAAAGGAUUGUGGGGCUUGUAGUUUUUCUGGUGUCACUUCAGCCUGGUGAACUACACUUCCCAGAAUGCACCAUCUAGCCUGGCCGUCCCGCUGUCCGAAGAGCAGCUGUGGAAGAAUGCGAAUGAGCCGUGGGUUGACUUUCAGGUCAGGAAAAGGCCAUUGGAUCCCCAACCUCAGCCGGCAGUGCUCACAUGGAUCCGUUGAGUUAUUUGUGCCACCAAGUCCUCCUCUGGAUCCUGAAAAGGUCAAAGAGUUACAGCGCUUCAUCACUCUUUCCAAGAGAGUCCUCGUGAUGACUGGGGCAGGAAUCUCCACCGAGUCGGGGAUUCCAGACUACAGGUCAGAGAAAGUGGGACUUUAUGCACGCACUGACCGGAGGCCUAUCCAGCAUAGCGACUUUGUACGGAGUGCUCCUAUCCGCCAGCGGUACUGGGCGAGAAACUUUGUGGGCUGGCCUCAGUUUUCCUCCCACCAGCCGAACCCUGCACACUGGGCUCUGAACAAGUGGGAGAAACUUGGAAAGCUGCACUGGUUGGUGACCCAAAACGUGGAUGCCUUGCACACCAAGGCAGGGAGUCAGCGCCUGACUGAGCUCCAUGGAUGCAUGCACAGGGUCCUCUGCUUGGAUUGUGGUGAGCAGACUCCCCGGGGGCUGCUGCAGGAGCGCUUCAAAGCCCUGAAUCCCCACUGGAGUGCUGAGGUCCACGGCCUGGCUCCUGACGGUGACGUCUUUCUCUCUGAGGAGCAGGUGCAAAGCUUCCAGGUCCCAGCCUGCAUCCGAUGUGGAGGCCCUCUGAAACCAGAUGUUGUUUUCUUUGGGGACACAGUAAACCCUGACAAAGUUGAUUUUGUGCACAGACGUGUAAAAGAGGCUGAUGCCCUCUUGGUGGUGGGAUCAUCCUUGCAGGUGUACUCUGGUUACAGGUUUGUCCUCACAGCCCGAGACAAGAAACUGCCAAUUGCAAUACUGAACAUUGGGCCCACACGGUCAGAUGACUUGGCAUGUCUGAAGCUGAAUGCUCGUUGUGGACAGUUGCUGCCUUUAAUAGACCCACACUGACCACAGCCUGAUGUUCCUGAUCCAGAAACUGGGCCUUUCAACUUGAAUCUGCUGCCAAAGUCUAGCUUCCUGCUUAUGCACACUCUGGGAGACAACAAAUCACAGCUCAAGUACUUGGGUCACUGCUACCCACCUGGGAGCCCUGGAUGGAGUUCCUGGCCCAUGGCUUCAGGCUGCCCAGCCUCAGCUGUUGUGGGAAUUUGAGGAGUGAACCAGCAGAUGAAGAUCUCUCCCUGCCACUCUGCCUUUCAAAUCAAACUAAAAAAAUUUUUAAUGCUGAGAAAAAAAAACUGGCACAUCACUGUUUACAAGGUUAUAUCUGAGUUGAAAAAAUUAUCCUCCCAUCACUGCUUUUUUUCCUCUAAUAUUUUAAUGUGAUUAUACUUGUAGAUUAAAAUAUUUAAAGGGGCUGGCACUGUGGCACAUCAGGUUAGGCCACCACCUGGAAUGCCAGUAUCCUGUGAGCUCUGAGUCCUGGCUGUUCCACUUCCAAUCCAGCUCCCUGGUAAUGUGCCUGGGAAAGCACCUGCUGGCACCCAAGAAACUCUUGCUGCACAACCACUUAAUAAUGUACUUCUUUUUUUUUUU